UGCCAUAAAUAUUAAAGACAAAAUGGGUCCAAAAUUUCUUCUGCCUUCGCCAAAUUUCAAUAGAAACAAGAAAGAACCCGAAAGGAUUAACCUGCAUUACUUAACUCCAUGUGGUAUGACACUGCUUCCACGCACCAAACAGCCACCCCCCAUGUAUGGAGCACGUGGCAGCACUGUGCCCGCAAAAUAUAUUAAACAUGAUCAACAAGAUACCAACAAGGCUCCAACAACAUUAUAUACACCAUCGCCGACACCCGAACAUUGUGCCAACUGUAGCAUGGAGUUGGCCACAGACCAUGACAUGAGGCGACAUUUGGAUCAGCAUGAGUUCUGUCCCGCUGAGGAUUGUAGUUUUGUGGCCUUGGCCAGUGUCAUGGAGCGACAUAUUGAGGCAAAUCACAUAACAGGCUUAUACAAAACCGUAAGGAAAGUGUGGACUCCUGAGGACAUUUCUGCUUGGCGUGCAGAACGAUGCAAACGGUUUCCCACUGCGACCAAUGUUGAAAAAGCCAAACGCGCAAAGGAGCAGCGCGUGAAACGAGGUGAACGAUUGGAAUCUUCUAAACCACAUUUUGCUAAAUCGGGCGACCGACGACGCAGCGGUCCACUAACAAAUACGAAUGAUCGCAAAACGCAAACUAAAAGGCAACGGCGUACUGUAAAAAUGGCAGUUGGGCAAAUUGAACAGCAAAAGGUACGAAUGGAACAGGAAAAAAGAGAUACUUCGCUACUCGAGGAUGCCGUCUAUCUUAAUCCAACCUUAGUGCCCAUUUUCCCAGGCACCAGUCGAAUGACAGACUACGAGCACAUUGAGGCAAAAGUCAAAUCCAAGCAAAAUGCAUUGAGUAACAUGUUGGGCAUGUAUGGAACGGACAGCGAUGAUGAUGAUGAACCGAUAGACGCAGAGAAUACUGUAGAAGUAGUUGAUUCGCCUAUAACUGUAGUAAAUUCAAUUAUUAGUAUAGACACAACGAAAGAGCAACGACAAAUCAAAACAAUGUUGGUGGAGCUUACGCAAGAAUGUUCUGCCAAGACAUUAGUAGAUACAGACUCAAUGAAUGUCUCCAGCUCAUCAGAUGAAGGACCUGAAGAAUUACCCAUUGAAAGAAAAGUUGAAGCAUUUUCAGCUCCCAGUGCACCGCAAAAACUAAAAUCAUCAACUGAUAAAAUUGAACGGAGCUCAAGACCAACGACUAGGCAUAGUUCUGGACGCGAGAAACCCAUUUAUGGCCUAAAUUACAAGCGAGCGCGUGAGACGAGCAAGCAAAAUACAAUGUUGUCAAAGCUGCUGGCGUCUGAUAUACGUCACGAACGGAAUGUCCUCUUGCAAUGUGUGCGAUACGUAUGCGAACAAAACUUCUUUGACAUUGGCAGUAGCGCAAUUUCUCUCACGACUGAAACCAUUAAUAUUAGCAAAGAUGUGAACGCUUAAGCAAACGUGUAAUGCGUAUAAAAAAUAAAUAUAAAUUUAAUUGAAA